UGCAGACCCUACAUACCCGUUUGCACUUAACAGUUACUUGCCACGCCAUAACUACAAUUCUAUACAUUCUGGACUGUCCCUACUUUUGCAUUUUGCGGCUACUUCCUCUACGCGCCGAUCAGCGGCAUAGAUGUCUUUAUGAUACUCGUUAGAUAACACCUGCACUACAAUAGCUGGAAAUGAGCAGCGAUGGGCCGGCGUUCACAGCUCCCAUUUCGCGGGGGUCACGCUUACAUUUUUCAUGGGGCCUGGGCACUGAGCUACGACUUUUGGACAUCCAGAACCCCGCAACACAACAAGGCGGCGAUGGAGGCCAGUUGAUGCAGGUGUCAUGGGGCCAGGUUUCUAGCAGCCACCGCAUCAUUUCGUUUGCAACUGCGGAGCAAUAUGCCGAAGUGCAGCGCUCUCGCCUGUCAGGCGCCAGGGAUGAUGCGCACCUGGCCCGAGUAGCGUCGUACGCACGGGCUGUACGAGAGCAGCUCAUGAGCCUGCGUGACGACCCCGACGACGGCGGCUACAGCCAGCUGGAGGCGGCUCUGUGGCAGCUGCUGGAGGUGUUCCUGGUGGACCUGCCCCGCCACGAGGGCAACCUGGGGGAGGACCUGGUGGCCUGGCUGGGCGCGCAUGCGGACGCGCUGGCGGGGAUCACGGAGCAGCAGGGCAUCAGCAGCAGGCUGGAGGAGCUCUGCGGCUCCCCCUCCGCCGCCGCCCAGCCCGACUACUGGCCGCUGCUGACGCGGCUGGUGGCGCUGGGGCGCACCCGGGAGGCGCUGCAGCUGCUGGACUGCCACGAGGCCAAGCAGGCGGCGGGAGGGGCGCUGCAGCAGCCGGGGAUCAGGGCGCAGCUCGAGUUGCUGGACUGCCUCCACGUCCUGCUCAAACGGCUGCCCCGACUGGCUCCCUCGGCGGGCCGCGACCCCACCUCCCGCGCCUACGGCUCCCUGGCCGAGUACUCCACGGCUCGGGAGGUGUGGCUGCGGGAGGCGGGCGACAUUGCGGCGGCGGAGGAGCUGUUCACGGUGGCGGGGGCGGCGAGCAGGCGUACGGCAGAGGGUGUCCGAGCGGUGCUGCGGGUGCUCCUAGGCGACCCAGCCGCCCUCCGUGCCGCCACCUCGGACUGGCUGGAGGGCGCAGCUGCGGAGAUCGUACACCGGCAGUACGGCAGUGCAGCCGCAGGUGGAGGCGGAGGAGGGGGGUGCGGUAUCGUGGGGGGUAACCAGCUGCGGGCGCUGCUGUGUGAUGUGCGGGCGAGCCGGGAGCCGGAGGAGGCGAGUGGGCUGCUGGACCUGCUGUGGAGCCUGCUGGAGGCCCUAUGCGAGGCCGAUGUGGCGGGAGUGGUCUCGGUGCUCUCCACCAGCGGGGUGGCCUCGCCCUGGCUCAUGGCUCACUGCAUGGAGCUGGCGGCAGCAUACCCGGG